AUAUUACAUAGUUUGUCUUUACUUUCAGUAAUAUUGAAACGUAUUGAAAGUAUUUAUUGAUACGAUUAUAUAAUAAUAAACAUGUGCUAAUGAUAAGAAUCAUGUUAGCGCAUGAAAAUGUCUGUCGAUAGAAAUGAGCAAUUAAUUAAAAUUAAAGUUGAUCAUGUUAUUUGUUAUUCGUCAGUUAAGAAACUGUCGGCACAUAUCAUGCAGUUUUGUGCCAAAAUUUUCUGUUAUCAUGUGUUCUGGCUUUCCAAGACGAAAAUCGACAAAGACUGGAAACAUGGAAGAAUUAGCACAAACUAUGAAAGGUGGUCACAAACGAGUUGGUCUUACUACUCUAGUUCCUUUUCCUGAGAAAAAUGUUGCAUGUAAAAUUGAAAAAGAUCCAUGUAAAAUAGAAAAGACAGAAUGGACAUCUUUAAUAACUGAUUAUAUAAAGCUUCAUAAGCAUUAUCUCAAAUUAUCAAAGAUUAAAUUGACAUCUCUUGUUGUAGCAACAACUAUGGCUGGAUAUGCACUGGCUCCUGCACCAUUUGACCUUUAUACAUUUGCAAUGUGUUCUUUAGGAACAGGCUUAGUCUCUGCCACUGCAAAUACAAUUAAUCAGUUUUUUGAAGUUUCUUUUGAUGCACAGAUGUCACGAACAAAAAAUCGGGUAUUAGUACGUGGUCAUUUAACGCCUGUUCAUGCAAUAGCAUUUGCAGCAGUAUCUGGUAUCAUUGGAUUGUCCAUACUUUACCAUGAAGUAAAUGGUAUCACGGCAAUGCUAGGUGCUAGCAAUCUUAUUUUAUAUACGCUUAUAUAUACUCCCAUGAAACGCGUUAGUAUUGCCAACACAUGGAUUGGCUCUGUUGUAGGAGCUAUUCCUCCUCUUAUGGGGUGGGCAGGUUGUUGUGGCAAUAUACUGACACCAGGUGCUUGGAUAUUGCCUGCUAUUUUAUAUGCGUGGCAAUUUCCACACUUUAAUGCUCUUUCAUGGAAUUUAAGACCAGAUUAUUCACGAGCUGGCUAUCGAAUGAUGGCUGUUAUAAAUCCAGAUUUAUGUCGUAAAACAACUGUAAGAUAUACAGUAAUGUUAAUGGCUCUGUGUUAUUUAGCUCCUGCAUUGGAUGUAACCUAUUGGUGGUUUGCAUUGGCUUCGACGCCACUCAAUGCAUCUUUUCUGUAUCUAGCUUGGACAUUUAAUAAGCAUUCGGAUAGUGCAAAUUCUAGAAGAUUAUUUCGAUUUUCGUUACUUCACCUACCUCUGUUGAUGAUGUUGAUAUUGUCAAGUAAAAAGUAUUGGGCUAACACAGACAAACAGGGAGAUAAAGUCGAAUCUUCUCAUAACGAAUCAGCAAAGAAGAAUAAUUUACUGACCAUUUUCACUGCACCUAUCGCUACUUCUUCUGUAUAGUUUUAUUCCAUUGGACAUGUCAGUAAUAGUACAAAUUAUUACAAUAUCGUCAUAAAAAUUUCAGGUAGAAGAUUCUAAGACUUAUAUUACCUCAUUAACU